CGAUGCCUGGAUCGGAAGGUCAUCCGUUCGUAUAUGCGUAUAAGUCUGAUGGUUUUUGCCUCGACGACAUUCCAUUUGCUGCACUCCUUGAAUAAGUUUCCUCGUGAAAAUUCAUCCGAGCGGGAAUCUGCAUUAAUAACUAAACAUAUAAUAUCGUAAUAUAGUUGGAACUAUGGCGAAUUCGUAUAAAAAGUUGCAAAGGAGAAAUUCAUCGUUUAUAAUCGAAGAGUUCGAAGACGAUUUCAAAGGAAUGUCUGGAAAGUGUAUGGAGAUCGGCUGCGGUUACGGAGAUACAACGAAGGAUAUUCUCUUACCAGCUCUCGACCCAAAUGCCGUGAUAAUAGGUGCGGAUACUUCGGAGAAAAUGAUCGAACAUGCAAAUAAAACAUAUGGCGACAACAAACGACUCAAAUUCGUAACAUUCGAUAUCGAGACCAAGGAUUUGCCUGAGGAAUAUAUUUCCGAAUUUGACCACAUAUUUUCAUUUCCCGGCUUAUUUGUCUGCAAAGACAUUCGACAAGUGUUCGAAAAUAUUUAUCGCAUGCUUCGACCUGGUGGAACUAUGCACAUGUUAUUAGUAGCAUCUCACACUACGUUCGAAGUCUUUAAAGUUAUGGCAGAAGAUAAGCGUUACGCACCGUACGUAUGGGACGCCACACCGUUUCGCGAUGCAGACAAUCCUUCCAAGGAGCUGAAAGAAUUACUUAGAAGUAUCGGGUUUACCGUUCACCAUUGCAGUCAUCGACAAAUGAGCUUUUCCGCUAAAUAUUCAGACGCUUUUCCGUCCGCUAUUAUGUCCAAUCUCUCAGUUUUGGAUAAGAUGCCGUCUAACCGAAAGGAAGAUUUCAUGCAUGAAUUUGUAAGCGAAUUCAUGAAAGGAAAACUUGUCUUUAAAAACGGCGAUGAAGAACACAUGACAAAUGUAUACAGAUCACUGAUCAUUUCUGCACAAAAAUAAAUAUUGUGCAAUUGUGUAUAUACAUAUCAUCUAAAUUGUUUAUAACGCUCAAAAUUAUGAAUUAA